AGUCCCCCUACCCAAUCCAGAAUCAAACAUGUCCUUUUGACUCUGAGAGACACACUCCAAACAUCCUUCGACUCAUUUGGACUCUUAUGUUUAUAUUCUCGCCGCCCCUCAUUUGAGCCAGACAAAUUCAUUCCAUCAUCACUACUUACCAAGACAUCUCCAACCUCCAAACGAUCACAUGAGUCAUGUUUGUCUCCCAUAAUACUAGGCCCACCCUAUCCCUUUCCCAACAUGACUAUAUAUCAUCUCAUGUCCUGGAUGAAUACUGGCACCAGUCUUACAUCACAAUCUAAAGUUGCAAGCCUCAUCAAAGAUGUGAUAUUGGCAGAGGAUUUUGAUCAAAAACACCUUGAGAAAUUCUCCAUUAAGCAAAGUUUACGAUGUCUGGAUAAGGAGUUGGAUGGGAAGGAGGACAGAAUCACAUUUCCUGACAACUGGAUUGAAACUAAUGUCACCAUCAGCAUACCCACCAAAUCUAAGGAUGAUGAUGCAAGGCCUUACACUAUUCCAGGCUUCCAUUUUUGCCCUCUUGUUAAAGUAAUACAUGCUGCUUUCUCUGACGUCCAAGCUAGAGCGUUCCACCUCUUACCCUUCAAACACCUCUAA